GUAAAUCUGCCACUCCCCCUCCACACCGUCAGAGGGAGCCUUCACCCAAAUAUUGAGCGACUUCCCGGUCAAGGGCAACUUCCAGCUGACUCCAGCGCAGCCCUGUCGCGCCCACAGCGCCCGCUCUCGGCCCGGGCGGCCCACCAUGGCCCAGCAAUGAAGGGCUAUCAGGUGAGCCGCAGCCUGUCACAACACUCAUCCGGGCCAUGCCACUGCACACCUGAGGACUUUGAGGCCGCGCGUGACUACUUACGCCAUGCUGACCAUCCGUACUACCCACCAGGUGGCCCACCUGAGCCCCUGGCAUUGCCCCCUUCUGGUGGAGGCACUUUCCCACGCUCUCAUUCCACUCAGCAGCAGCCAUUUGACUCCUGUGAAGAAUGUAUGUCUUCAGCUGGGCAUGGACAUGUGCAUGGGCAUGGACACGGGCAUCCAAAGAUGCAUCGCAUCCCUCCUAACCUGCUGGAUCAGUUUGAGAAGCAGCUACCCUUGCAUCCAGAUGGCUUUCAUACUCUGCAGUACCAGCGCUCAGCCAGUGGGGAACAGCGCAGCGAGAGUCCCAGCCGAAUCCGUCACCUGGUGAACUCUGUCCAGCGCCUGUUUGCCAAGUCCCAUUCACUAGAGGCACCAUCUAAACGUGAGUUCAAUGGAUGCAGAGAUCGUGACCGAGAGCGAGGUCAGCGCAGUGGAGGUGGAGGUGAAGAUGGCACAGGGCACCAUCACCCGGGUACACAUCAGUCACGCUCGGCCCGCCGCAACAAGAGUCGGGAGCGCAGCAAAAGCGGAGACUCACGCCAUGAUUCCCGGCACUCUUCACGCCACCGCAGCAAGACAACUGGCUGGUGGAGCUCUGAUGACAACCUAGAUAGUGACAGUAGCUUCCUGGUGGCUGGAGGCAGGGGGGUAGGACGGGGAUACCCACCAGGUCAUGAGACCCUGGAUGCAGCAAUCCAGGAGCUAACCUUGAAGAAGGUGAAAGGUCCUGCUCCUGGAGAGUGCAUGGCAUGCAGCACCAUGGCCAGGGUAGGAGAUAGUGGGCAUUCUCUUAAGAGGAGUACCUGGUCAGCCAUGACAGUCAACCAAGCCAGAGAAGCAUAUCCAGUCUCUCGGGGAGGAGGGGGAGGUUAUGAUAAAGCUCUGGUGCCUCUGGAUGGCAAGUUGAAGGAACGUAAUCUCCAUUACCUACAGGUUCCCACUGAUGAGUGGGGCGGAGUGGGAGUGUCAGAAACCGGAGGAGAGAUCCCGUGCAGACGCAUGCGCAGUGGCAGCUACAUUAAGGCCAUGGGUGAUGAUGACAGCGCAGACUCAGACACCAGCCCCAAAACCUCACCAAAACGCUCUCUCAUUGCUCAAAGAGAUGCUUUCCGGCGUUCCAUCAGCAUGGACCAGCGCUCUUCUACAACCAAGUACUCUUGUAAACAGUGUACAGAUUCCUAUUCAAACAGCCGUACAACACCAAAAGGACAUGCACACUCUCGGAGCUACACACGCUCCCUGACCAGCUCACAGCUGGGGGACACGCUAAAUCGUCAGUUCGAGUCAGUGUGUGAGAGUGUGUUUGGAGAGAUAGAGUCUCAGGCCGUGGAGGCCUUGGAUCUGCCCGGCUGCUUUCGUACACGCAGCCAUAGCUACGUACGUGCCAUCCAAGCAGGCUGCUCACAAGAUGAUGACUGUCUGUCCGUCUUCUCCAUGUCUGGCCCUCAGGGGAGCAUCAAGGGUGGAGCAGUGUUCCCAUAUCGGAAAGGCCCACCUCCACUUCCUCCACGCAUGUCCAAGCCCAUGAUCUCAGUAACAGCACAAAGCAGCACGGAGUCCACUCAGGAUGCCUACUUUCAGAGUCGGCCAAAACAGCACAGUAAUUCCGUGGACCUGAGUGAGAGCUCCAGAGGAGGUUACUACCCAAGUGGGGGUGCAAUGCGCAUCAAACAGAGCAGCAACUCCACAGAGAGCGUAAGCAUGGAUGGUCGAGCCUUGAGGGACUCCGGCUAUGUGGGUGGGACAGGAGCCAUGAGGCCCAAGCACAGUGCCUCAGCCGAAAACCUGCUAGAAGGGCCUAGGGGGGUGAGGGAGCGUGCUGGAGGCAGCCUGGGCAAAUCUGCAUCCCUUCCUCAGACCAGCAUCAUGCUGAGCAAGAGUGUUAAAAGCAUGGAGGAGCAGAAGCAGGAAGGCAAAGGGCGCAAGUGGAGGCCCUCUAUAGCUGUUCAGGUGGAUAGCUCGGAGACUUUGUCAGACUCAGAUACAGAGGGCAAAGCACUGAGAGAAGUGCACUCCAUCGGUGUCCAGGUGGAGGAUGACAAGAGACGUGCACGAUUCAAACGCUCCAACAGCGUGACAGCAAGCGUGCAGGCUGAUCUGGAGAUGGAGGGUUUCGGGGUUCUGAGUGUGCCGACACAGGACAAGGGGCUACAAUUUGGCUGCUCCUUCCAACGCCACUCCUCAGAACCUGAGUCGGAAUAUCGCUCCACUGUGCACACACAGGGCCAGUGGGCAUACAGGGACCACUACCAUGGCGCCUACACUACCGAGCCCUGUGCUCUGGAGCUGAGAGCCUUGCCCCAUACACACACUGAGCGAGCAGUGGCAAGUUGGCAUGAAGGUCCACGCAGCUUGCCUGACUCAGGCAGAGCUUCACCAUGCCUCAGAGACGGGGAGUUCUUCCUCCGCCUGCUGCAAACUGAGGUGGAAAGGAUGGAGGGAUGGUGUCAAAGCAUGGAGCGAGAUGCAGAGGAGAAUGAGCUGCCAGAUGAUGUGUUGGAGCUGAUCAGAGCAGCAGUGGGCGGUGCACAGAUGUUAAUGUCCCAAAAGGUGCAGCAGUUCUUCCGCAUGUGCCAGCAGAGCGUGGACCCCACAGCAUAUCCCCAGCCCACCACCCAGGACCUGGCUGCUUUCUGGGACCUGCUGCAGUUGGCCAUUGAGGAUGUGCGUGUGAAGUUUCAAGACCUGCAGAGGAUCAAGGAAUCAGGCUGGAGGCUGCCUCCUGAGAAGAAGGAAGAGACAAAGCUUCCUCCUCCAUUACCAAAGAAGCCAGUGGGUGGAGUGACUGGAAGUCUGCGGGCUGAAAGCAUGGCAGAGGCAGGAGUUGGAAGCACUGGUGGCACACUAAUGAUCUCUCGUGGUCGUAGCAUGCCUGUACCCUUGCCAUUGCGGGAGAAAUCCCUAGAGUUGGGUGAUCGGCAGAGGCUGGAGGCGAGGCGGAGGCUCCUCCAAGCAGGCCCUAAGCGAGCUGCUUCUUUCCGUCAGAAUUCAGCCACAGAGAGUGGGGAUAGCAUCGAGAUCUACAUCCCUGAGGCCCAGACCAGACUGUGAGCCAGCCAAGAUCCAUAAAACCAAUAUAGCAAGUUUCCUCUCCCUUUGAGUGACCCACAGCGUAGCUCACGUACCAAGCGUGAUUCAAAUGAGUUGGAGAAGUGGCAACAUGGGUAUUUUCUGGAAGAGAGCUCACUGGCUUGUAAUCCUCACUAAUUAAAAGGGCUCGCACCAGCACAACCAUGUGGUAUGAGACUGGGAUUUUUUUCUUUCACAAGGCUUAUUUAAUAUCCCAAAACCUUAGGACUUUUUCAAUAAAUGCCUCCGCGGAAUACGGGUGCAACAUUGUCUUGGUGAGAGGAUUUUAGAAAUUUAGCUACAAAUAGCAGACUCUCUUUUGAUAUAGUCUUGAUAUCUAAACUUUGCAUUUAGUUUUGCCAGGGUGGUGACAGUAGCUCCUCUCACUGUGAAACAGCAGCACACUCUUGUGGCCAGCUCAGAUAAGUGCAUCCCUAAAUCUCAGGCCUGCAUUUUAUGAAUUUGGGCUCCGUCCCUUUGAACUGCACUUGCAGUAUCAUUUAGGCGCAACAGGUCAGAUGUCUGACUGUUAAUGGCCAGUGUUUAACAGGAGAAUCCCUUACAGUCAAAGCACCCAUUUAUUUUUCAUUUAUACGAUCCAUUGUGGAUAGAGAGUAAACUUCUCAAGCUCUAAGUUUCUUCAUCUGAUACUUUUUCUGCUUUAGCCGCACAGAGACAAUCUCCAUCCUGGUAAUUUAGUUUAGGAACAGGAAGCAUGUCAGUCUCCCCUCGUCGCCUUUGACCUUCAGUGUAAAAAAAAGGAGGAAAAAACAAAGAAAGAAAAAGAAAUAGAGGAAAGUGUGAAAUCUGCUAUAGUAAAGUCAAUAUUACCUAGUAAGAAACACUAGCCUCUUAUAUAUUUAGGUGGAAAAGUAUAAAAAACACUGGCUUUAGACGUGUGAUCUUAAUUUUUUGUGUUUUAGGUGUCUUUAAAAUGCUGAAUAUAUGCCAUGCCCCUUUACAGCAAAGGAAAUUGCUGAUACCUCAGAAGAUUUGCCUGGAUGUGUUUUCAUUUACUUAAUACACUGUUUUAAUUUCCUUAUUACAUUUUGUUUGUGUGCGCGUGUGUGUGUGUG